CCAACCCAACAAACAUUAUCCAAUCACUGGCUAGCCCUGUUGUCUUUGCAGCCAAUCACAGUAAGAAUAAGAAAAACUCAAAGCUCCACAGAUUGACACGUAAAUCCCCCAGUCCAGCUACAAAUCCAACUAGAACCGUCAUCAGAGGCAGCCGCUAAAAAAGGUGCCUAUAAUAGUAAGCAAACAGUUUUAUAAAGUAUUAAUGCAUGUCCUUAUUUUAUUUAUCUGUGUGGCUUUAUAAUGAAGUUUUAACAUAUUCACUGAGUAAGAAUUUACUGUUAAAAUAUAAGUAAUGUAAUUUGCAGAGUCAGUGUGAUACCUCAAAAAAAAUGCGCUGAGCCAAUAAAGAACCUUGUAGAACACACGCGUGGUGGUACAGUAGCUCAAAGUACAUUGCAGUUCAAAUGAAAGGCUAUUUUUUAAUGCCUACCUAAUUACCAUUAAAGAUUGUACAUUAUUUAUUGAGAUUACUCAUGACAUUUAAGGUAAUAGUUGCAUUUUACCUCCUGUGGAGCGUUGAGGGGAGCUAUUUAAGUAGUAAUCAACAGUAUGCAAAUAACUGGCUGAUGCUAGCAAGCAUAUUGCAGCAUGCCUACAAGUUAGAGUACAGAUUAUGCAUUGAGGUCUGUUCACCCAUUCUGUAUGUUGGAAACUUAUGUACCCCAAAUUACUUAGUUUUAUCCCUGUAAAGUAAGCAUACUGAACUCCCCUGGGUGGUAAAAACGCUCCCAAUAUUAAGACUAAAAUGAGAAUUUAAGCCUCCCCCUGUUGCAGUGGAUGUUCCGCAGAGCCAGUCCAGGCUAGACUGCAGCUUGUGGACCGUAGUUCAUGUGUGCGGUUCAGAGACGGAGUCUGUCUCAGCCGAUCGGCCCGCAUGGUGAUUUCAGCGUCGCGGUCCAAGAGACACCCACCUGCAUGGCCCUCUACGGACACUGCCUCCUGCGGUGAGGGAGGGCACCUUGAAGGGACAGAGCAAACAGCAAAAGAAAGCCACACAGAUCCAGAAAGCAGGGUUGCUGAUGUCACUCCUGCUGUGGCAACCAGAAAGAGACCAAUCAAGCGAAGAUGUCCCUGGGGCUCUGGAGGAAGGUCCUCACUUAUUAGGUUCCUUGAAAGACUUUUGAAAUCCAGCCUUCUUGCAUGUCUGAUUGUUUGUGCUUUUUGUUCUUGCAAGGUUCUAGAACAAGGCACAGUAUAUAAUGGGCUCAGUAAUAUUUUAAAAUUUCCACCAAAGGUUACAGUUGUAAUACAAGAUGCACCGCUUUAGGUCUGCUUGAUCACAGAGACCCAUUCUAUGUAUUCCCCUUUCAUACCAGGUCACGCUAUUAGUUUGAUGGAUUAUGUUUGAAAGGGCAGAGUUGUGAUGAAAUGCUUGAUGGCAGUUGAAAUGCGAUUUCUAAUUGUAGGUUCUGAAACCUUUGUAAAUCAUGUUGACAUCAUUAACCAAAUCACAGCAUUGUAUUUCCUUCAGAAGAGGAUCUGUUUUGUGUGUAGUGCUUUUGACACUACAGCUGGCAGUGCUCUUAUAGUGCAUUUAACCCACUAGAACUACAACAACCAAUCAUAUGAACUUAUAGUAAAGCAGGUCCAGGACCCUUGAGUGGAUUGUGAUCUCAUACUAUAGAACCUCAACCAUACUGUGGAAAUGUAUUUCUGUCCACAGUGAUAUAGCUUCAGAAGGUGGUCCAAGUUUCAACUCACAACAACAACAGGCUUGUUUUUGACUCUUUCCUUUGAGUUUAGAUACUAUACAGUGCAAUAUUUCUGUCUCUAGCAGGUCUACUCAGUCCAGGAGCUCUGGAUCAACUAAGAGGCAGAUGACUGUGUCUGGUAAGGGAACAUCUUUGCCCCCUAGUAUCAGUGAGACCCCAGAACUCCCAAUUGAGGGUGAUGUGGAGACCGGACUUCCUGAAAGCUGUUGUCCCAUUUGUGGAGAGUGCUUCAGCCUGGAUUACCUACCUGUCCACGCCUCUUCCUGUCAGGGUGACGAGUUUGCGGUCCCCCUUGAUGUCGAAAGCAGCUAUGGGCCUCCGCAAAGUCCACUGCGUAGCUCCCCUGAGAAGUUGCCCUGCCCACUGUGUGGCUUCCAAUACCCCCUUUCUGAGAUUGAGCUCCACGCCAGCAACUGCGGAGAACUAACCCACCCCAGCGGGAUCUGGGUAGACUGAAACGAGGCCUGAAAGCGCAAGAUGACCUUUGGCAGUCAAACAAAACUCAGACGCGUCUUUUGUGGGACUGCAGUGGUGUAAACACUGGCUACAGCAGCAGUGGCAUACAAGAAAUUGAGAGAGACUCGUGGAAUAUAUUCCAGAAUAAAAAUAAUAAAAAACAUCAGCUGUUUUGAUGUAGCCUGUUUGCAGUAGCAUUUACUGCAUUUAUUAUUAUUCAUAUGAUUUCAAUAGGAAAAGCAUAUACUGCAUUUGAUCAUUCAUGAUAAAUCAUGUUAUCCCUUGAAGAAUAUAAGGGAGGCCAAUAUAACUGUUUUGAGUUUCUCAGUAUCUAGGUCAUAUCUUCAUAUACAGUAGAAGAAGAAGAAAAAAGUUGAAUUUGAUACUGCUGGUUUCGUCAGCAACAGCAGUAACCUGGAAGGGAAUUUUUGUUCUUGUUCAUUUGAAACACUUUAUGUUGAGUCCUCUGCAGUAAACCCAGACACGAAGGGUGAUGCUGCUGAAUGUUCUGCAAAUUGCUCUUGUGUUUCCAGAACAUUAAAUGUGGCAGUUAAUGCAGUAGUUGGCUUGAAGAAAGAGUAGCAUGAUCUGCUGUUAGAAUUAAACUUGCAUUGUGUAAAAACUUACCCUCUUCUUUCAGUGAUCUUAAAUACUGGAUGUGGGGUUUGAUGUCGGAGUGAGCUGGGCUUAAUUGAAAGAGUUUCUAUGUCAAAAUUAUGAAAUGUCACUAUAUAACACAUUGCCUUCUCUGAGCAUUAGUGCAACUGUCCACUUUACUAAAUGCCUUUCUGGAGAUAGGGUGUUGUCUUCACUCUCAAUGUAUUAAGUUACGCAGAUCUACCAAGAGAUGGCACUAGAGAGCACGAAGUACAAAAGUUCCAGGUUACAAGAAACACAGCAUCUUUCAUAACAUCUCAGGGUCUUACUGCAUGAAGUAGGUGCAGACAUCUUUAAACACAAUCCAUACAGGCAGAGCUGGCUCGUCUUGAAAAGGGAGCAUCGUGCAUUGAAAAUGGGCUGACAAUCAGAUGCAAUAACAAGAACCUAAAUCUUCACUAACACAUUUGGAACCUUAAUUGGAAUGGUUACUUGUGAAACAGUUGUUUCCCUCUGGGCAGUUCUCUUGUUAGUUUUCCUUUGUUAUUAAUUCCAGGCUCUGGAGAGAUGAGCAGGCAGCAGGUGUGCUUCUCUGUUCAGUUACUCCAGAGCAGAGAGGAGCACAAGACUUACCUGUUAUUGGACCAGGGAACAUACUGAUCUAUGAUUGGGGAAAACGUUCUCAACAAUUUAGUCUUUUAUUAAAAUUUGUAUUCUUAUUAUUUAAUUAUUACAGUUUUGGUGGUGCUGUCUGAUACGUGGGCAUUUUAUUGAGAUGUGACCAUGAGAUGGUGGUUUUUUGGAGUUCCUGAGAAUCCCUGUUUUGGGCUAAAAACUUUUUCACAUCAUCUGAUUUCUUUGCCUCUUCUGCAGGCAACCAGAAAGCAUGGAGAACCUUACGCAAGCGCAAUGGCGGGAAAUUAUGAACAAGAAGAUGCGUUUCCCGCCGACUCUGAUUGCGGCAAUCCAGGCAGCGAACGUGUUGCAGGUGUCCAGGCUGCUGGCGGUGAGCGACGGGAUCCUGCGGCAGCUGGACGAAUCGGAGGACCGCUUGUGGAGGGAGUCCUUGAAUCUAGCCAUCCGGCUGGGCAACGAGGACAUAAUAGUUGUCCUCCUGGAUUGUGUCAAGUUCGAUUUCCGUCAGAUCCAUGAGGCCUUGCUGGUGGCCGUGGACACCAACCAGCCCACUGUGGUCAAGCGUCUCCUGGACAGGCUGGACCUUGAGAAAGGGGUUGGCAACAACAAGGUGGACAUCCGUUCCUUCUCCCUGGCCAUCUUUGAUCACUCCAUCGACAACUCGCAUUUUGCCCCCGGGGUCACCCCGCUCACACUGGCCUGCCAGAAAGACCUGUACGAGAUUGUAGAAAUGCUGACCAAGAAGGGUCACGUCAUCCCCCGGCCCCACAAGGUCUCCUGCACCUGCCUGGAGUGCCGCAACGGGCGCCAGUAUGACCUGCUGAAGUUCUCCCUCUCCCGCAUCAACACCUUCCGGGGCAUCGCCAGCCGCUCCUACCUUUCCAUCGGCAGCGAGGACGCCAUGCUCAGCGCCUUCCGCCUCAGCCGUGAGCUCAAGAGGCUCUCCAAGAAGGAGCCCGAGUUCAAGCCUCAGUACUUGAGCUUGGAGGACCUGUGCCAGGAGUUUGCGGUGGAGCUGCUGGGAAUGUGCAGGAACCAGAGUGAAGUGACGACGAUUCUGAACGACUGCGGAGACGACAGCGAAGAGGAAAUGGACCAGCAGAACUUCGAAGAGGGGAUCCCCAACUUGGCUCGGCUGAGACUCGCUGUCAAUCACAACCAGAAACGGUUUGUGGCCCACCCCAUCUGUCAGCAGGUGCUCUCAUCGAUUUGGUGCGGCAAUCUGUCUGGCUGGCGGGGCAGCAAGACAGUGUGGAAGCUCUUCGUCUCGAUUGGGAUCUUCAUCACCAUGCCUGUGCUCUGUCUCAUCUACUGGCUAGCUCCCAAAUCCAGGAUCGGAAAGAUCCUGAAGAUCCCGGUGAUAAAGUUCCUGCUACACUCUGCCUCCUAUCUGUGGUUCCUGAUCUUUUUGCUUGCGGAGUCCAUCAUCAUGGAGAGUAACCGGAAACACUUCUCCUCACGCAACCAGAGCAUCCUUCAGAACUCCUUCCACAUGGUGUGGGUGGUGGGCUUCUUCUGGCAUGAGUGUAAGGAGGUGUGGAUUGAGGGUCUGCGUAACUAUCUGCUGGACUGGUGGAACUUCCUGGACAUCAUGACCCUCAGCAUGUACCUCGCCUCCUUCAGUCUGCGCGUGCUCGUCGCCCUCAAGGGCUACUUCUACUGUCUGGAGUCAGAAACCACACUGGAGUGCAUCUACUUCACACAAACUGAGCGAGAGGGGUGGCGUCAGGAGGAUCCCCAGAUCAUUGCAGAGGUACUCUUUGCUGUGACGAGCAUGCUCAGUUUCACGCGGAUGGCGUACAUCCUACCCGCCCACGAGUCUCUGGGAACAAUGCAGAUCUGCAUCGGGAAGAUGAUUGACGACAUGAUGAGGUUCAUGUUCAUCCUGAUGAUCAUCGGAACAGCUUUCCUCUGCGGAAUCAACAAUAUAUAUGUGAACUAUGUUGUAUCCCCACGCCUAGGACAGUUCAACGAGACGUUCCCGUUCCUGUUCUGGACCAUGUUCGGGUCGGCGGACCAAAGCGCAGUGGACAUGCCUGACUAUGUGGUGGCUGAGUUUGUGGGGCGGGUGAUGUACGGGAUAUUCACCCUGGUGAUCGUCAUCGUAUUGCUCAACAUGCUCAUCGCCAUGAUCACAAACUCCUUCCAGAAGAUAGAGGACGACGCGGAUGUGGAGUGGAAGUUUGCACGCUCGAAGCUCUAUCUCUGCUACUUCAGGGAGGGCCUCACCCUGCCGGUCCCCUUCAACAUCAUCCCCACCCCAAAGUCCUUGUUCUACUUGCUAAGGGGCAUUUUCCGGAAGAUCUGCUGUUGUUGUAAAACCAAGCGAUUGCCUGACUACCCACCUAUUCCCUCAAUUUCAAACACAGCACUUCAGGGCAAGGAUUUCCCCAUGGAGAGCCGUGUGUCUUACAGGCUGCAGGUCAUCAAGGCGCUAGUGCAGCGAUACAUCAAGACAGCCUGCAGGGAGUUCGAGGAGAGCAAGAGGAAAGAUAUUGGCAAUCGGAUUACAGAGCUGAACAAAGUGGUCGGGCGACUCCACUCCGAAAUGAAGCAAAUCCGCAAGAAACUCACCCAGGGCGCUUCCAUCUCCGGAGAGGAAGAGGGUUCUAGCAUACUGGGCAAGUACAUCCUUGGGGCCAAGACCAACUUCCGGACCUUCGACCAAGACUCCCUGGCAUCUGAAGGGUCUGUAAAAGUCACUGUGCACCAGAGAGAGAGAGGGGAGGAGGGUGAGGGCGAGGGCGAAGGCAAGGGGGAAGGCCAGUGUGUGGAAGAGGAAGGGUGUGAGAAGCAGGUAACCUCCCCCACUGACAGCAAGUCCUCUGAAGACACGGAUACAGGGUUUGGAUCGCAGACGGGAGAAGACUUGACUGAGGGAGGCGAGGACGUGAAUUAGAAAAUCACUUGGGAGGGGGUGGAGAUACUCCAUAAUUGAAAAAAAAUGGAAAGUAGUACUAUUAGUUUCAAAAAAUACCAAUAGAAGGUAAUAUAGGAUUCUGUAUGAUACAAGCUGAUACCCACUCCAGGAGAGGUCAGAAGAAUCAACAUGUUUCUUGCACAGCACCCGAGAGUCCUUUUGCACUUCCAUCUGAUACUAUCUUAUUCAAGCCAUCCGAGAUACAAUAAUACAAUCCGAUACAAUAAAAUUACAGAUGGCUGUAUCACAUCAAUAUCAGGGUCAACUAUAUAUUAAGUGCAUAGAGUUUAAGAUCCUGUAUCUAAUCUUCGAAGUAGUUCCCAAAAAUCGAUUGCCUGAAUGUAUAGUAGUAAUAUUUUAGCAUUUGUGUUGGAAUUGCGCAUACCUGCACCACACGUUGUUUGAGUUUGAGAGAGCCUGUUAAAACUGUACUGGAGAGAUUCUAUUUUUUCUUGUAAAGAAACCUAGUCUGCUGCUUUCUAUUACAAAGCUGCUGGGACAUAAACUCUAGAAACUUAAAGACAUUUAAUUAAUUGCUACUUCUAGUGCAACAAAAACAGGUCCACCCCUAGGUAACCUGGCACUGCAUUAGUAAAAUCGUAUCUCAGUUCUUCAAAUCUGGAGUUAUUAAUUUCUCGUUUUGUAACUUGUGCAGGUUUUCACUGUUAAAAAGCUUUGAACAAAUUGUGGGCUACUCACCAUUCAUCUCUUUUCUACUAUUUUAUAUGAAUGUAUAAUUCAGCUCAGUGAAAAAAUAAGAAUACCCUACGUGUAAAAAUUUAUUAAUUAAAUGUGGACUACAGGGAAAAAAACAAAAACUACACACUGUUGUUUGGGUUAAUUUAGAUACAACCGUGCUUCUUCUACAAUGUUUGUUUUUCAAAGGCUCCCACAAUAUCGUAAUAAAUCACUCCCCUUUAAGAGUGACAUCAUGAAAUCUGUUAACUGUGCAAUGGGUAGCAGGAACUUUGAUAACAAAUGCAAUCAUUUUCAAUGUAUUCUUUGCUUCUUACCAGCAGCUGGCCAAAUGUGGCUGGGAUGGAGAUACUUAAAGAGUAAGCAGCAGGAUUCUGAAAAAUACAGCGUUACACGUCCCCACGUGUUGCUACAACUGUUUAAA